AUGCGAAAGUUGGAAUGGGACGACAUGGGAGUGAAGGUUGAUGGUCGGCAGCUACACCAUUUGCGCUUUGCUGAUGACAUCGUACUGAUAACACCUAGCAUCAGCCAAGCGGAACGAAUGCUGACCGAAUUCGACAAAACAUGUGGAUGCAUCGGUCCUCAGCUGAAUCUACAAAAGGCGAGUUCAUGCGGAACGGAUGAGUACUGGAUCACCCCAUUCACGCUCAACGGAACGAACAUAUCCGAAUGCACCAGCUACGUUUAUCUGGGUCGGGAACUGAACAUGAUGAACGACCUGACCCCCGAACUGGACAGGAGGAGACCAGCGGCUUGGGGAGCGUAUAAGAGCAUCGAACAUCCGGCUCCGUGCUCACCUCUUCAACACCAUCGUACUUCCUGCUUUGACCUAUUCUUCGGAAACCUGGGCAUUUCGCAAGCAGGAAGAAAACGCAGUGAGCGUCAUUAA